AUUGUGCCUUGCGAAGCAAUUCCACAAUAGUACCCGAACAUCUCCCGAUCCACCCAUCAGCUUAACAUAUCGCUGCAUUGGCCUCAUAUGCAACCUCAAAUCACACAAAUGCCCUCGUAUCUCGUCUUUCCGCACCUACACAAUAAAAAGUCAUUAACAUUGAAUAUCCGUCCCGCACACUACCUGUGAUAGCCAUCAAUACUACUACCAAAUACUAAAAACUACCUAAAGCAGUGGCUCACAGUGGGGCAACCAACCCAACUCAGUGAUCCACUUAUCCGACAUCCGAGGCCUUCUUUCUUUCUUCUUCCUUCCUUCUUUUAGCAGUGUUCAGUGUUCAAACGAAAACACCCCCAUUCAAGUGUGCGCGCACGCACACACACACAAGAAAUCACCAUGUCCUUUGAACUAAAGCAAAAGGGCAAUGAGCUUUUCAAAGCGGGAGAUUACAAUGGCGCAGAGGAGAUGUAUUCGCAGGCGAUCCAAAAGAACUCCACUGAACCAACCUUCUUCACGAACCGCGCCCUAACACGCAUUCGUCUUGAGAACUGGUCCGGAACCGAACACGACGCUCGCGCCGCCAUCGCCCUCUACGGCGCACAUUCCCCCUCCAGCCUCAAGAGCUCCUGGUACCUUGCGCAGGCACUACUGGGCCAGCAACGACCCCAAGAAGCGCACGAAGUCGCGGUCACGGCGUAUGGACUGAGUUUGAAGGCCAAGGACAUUAAGCCGAAGGAUAGCCAGACGGAAAAUUUGUCGAAGGGACGGUUGGAACGGGGGGAGAUUGGAACGGUUGGGUUUGGGGAGGAUGAGAGGGAGAUUCGGGAGGAGUGGAAGAAGAAGGGGAAGAAGGUGAGAGAGGUAUUUGGGAUUGCGGGGGGGUCGGAGGGGAUGGUUGAACGGGUUGUACCGGAUUAUCUUAUCGACGGAAUCACGUUCGAAGUCAUGCAUGAUCCCGUCAUCACACUAUCCGGGACCAGCUUCGACCGCCUCAGCAUCAUCAAGUACGUUGAGCAGGCCAAGGUCGAUCCGAUCACACGCGAAGCCAUGACAAUGGCGGAUCUCCGGCCAAACUAUGCAUUGAAGGCAGCGUGCGAGGAAUUUCUAGAUAAGAAUGGUUGGGCUGUGGAUUGGUAGUUACAACUAACAGAGCAAGGCGUUGUGGUCAUUCUCUCUUAAUAAAUGUAAACUAUCAACAACAGAAACCACUGACCUGUAUCCACCAUCCAACGGAGUAUACAUCAACCGAG